GUCUCCCGUCAGAAGCAACGUUGCUGCUCAAUUUCCCAAAGAUGCUUAUCCUCAAGAUAUUUGUUUUCGUAACCAGUGCCAUAUACGCGUGCAUCGCCAAAAACAUUAUUUUAAUCGUUGCCGAUGAUUUGGAUGUUGUCCUCGAUGGAAUGACACCACUGAGCUCGACUAGAAAAUACAUCGGUGAACAGGGAGUAACGUUCAAAAAUGCGUUUGCCGCGGUACCGAUUUGUUGUCCAAACCGAGGAUCGAUUUUGACGGGGCGAUAUCAGCACAACCACAAAAUAUUUAACAACUCCCUCGAGGGCGGUUGCUACAGCCAAACCUGGCGUGCCGGCUACGAGAAAAACACGUUUGCCACGAUUUUGAAGAACCGAAUGAAUUACAACACCUUCUACGCUGGUAAAUACUUGAACCAGAUAUCUAUUACAAUUUCAUGGCACCAAUAUUAA